AUGGGUUGCUCAGAUUCAAAGCCAAAGGUUGAGGAGUCAACAAAAGACUGCCCAAAAGAUUACCCGCCAAAUGGUCUCCCAGAGAGCAUCAAAAAGCUGCCAGAGUGGAUUCAGCUCGGUUGUGGUGAUGCUGAGUACUAUUGUGAAGAGAAAGGCGCUGUUUUUAAACCCUCGGCGAUGCCGGAAGAGUGCCCUGAUUUGUCGGAACAUAAUAACUUUUUCUCGGAAGUGAUGAUCGCAAACCCAGAGUUGUAUGGAAAACUGAGAGGCCUGACUACUUCACAGGGAGUCAACCUUGGUCAUUGCAUCAAAACCGGAAUCGACAACCCCGGUCAUCCAAUGAUCAAGACCGUUGGCAUGGUCGCUGGUGACGAAGAAUCUUACACGCUCUUUGCUGAGCUCUUCGAUCCAGUCAUCUCCGGUCGGCACAAUGGCUAUGCUGCUGAUGCUGUGCACCCAACUGACAUGAACCCUGAAAAUCUUUCAACAACGAAAAUCGACCCAACUGGCAACUACGUCCUCACCACUCGCUGCAGAACUGGCCGAUCAAUUCGAGGAUUCCGUCUUCCUCCAUGCUGCUCUUUCGAAGAACGACGAGAAAUCGAACGAGUCAUUGUCAAAGGUCUUCUAUCCUUGGAGGGUGAAUUGAAGGGAGAUUAUUUCCCUCUUCAUGGAUCCAGAUCUUACGGCCCGAAACCGACCGGAAUGUCAGAGGAGAAAGAGGAAUCGUUAAGAAAUAACGGAAAUCUCUUCCAGGAGCCAGACUCGACGCUCCUCCUCUCUUCCGGCUGCGGCCGACACUGGCCCGACGCCCGAGGAAUUUUCCACAACGAAGCUGAGAAUUUCUUCGUCUGGGUUAACGAAGAAGAUCAAAUGCGAAUCGUCUCGAUGCAGAAAGGAGACGACGUGGCCGCCAUUUUCCGCCGAUUUGCCGACGCCACCGAAGGCAUCAAAAAAGUGCUCGAAGCGGAAGGCCGCGAGUUUAUGCAUAGCGACCAUCUUGGGUGGAUUUUGACCUGUCCUUCGAACUUGGGAACUGGUUUGAGAGCUGGAUGCAUGGUCAAGGUCCCGCUCUUUUCUGCCAGGGAAGAUUUCAAGGCUAUUCUUGGCAAAAUGGGACUCCAGGCGCGAGGAGGUGCUGGUGUUGACUCUGAAGCAAAGGGAGGCAUUUUUGACAUCUCAAACGCUGAUAGACUUGGAAAGUCAGAAACGCAACUUGUCAACAUUUUUAUUGAAGGAGUCGCGCAAAUUAUCAGAUGGGAGCAGGCCUUGGAAGCAGGAGAAGACAUUGAAGAAGCUAUUGCGGCCGCUGGACUGCCUGAGAAAUAUUGA